UGUAAAAAAUGGACAAAAUUGUUUCAUUCGUAAGGCCUUUCCACAGACAAUGUCCAUGUAUGGGAGAAAAGGGAUAACGUGGGCGAACAACAAUGAAUAAUAGGCACAUGGUAUCUCUGCGACUACACAGAUUCCUUUAUCUAGUGUAGGUGGAGAUGAAGGAGUCGGAACUGAAUACUGUUUUGUUAGUACAAUAAAAGGAAUCAUUGUAUGCAAACGUAAUAUGUAGAACGCUACAGGCCAUAUGAUCACCAAUUACAAAAGGCGUUGGGUUGAUGCUGACACGGAGGAAUUGGCACCUUAAUUGAUUACUUUCCCUUCCCGAACCGAGUGGAGAUGAACUGGCCUGUCUUCUACACUGUUCUAAUAGGGGUGAACAAGCAUUCGACUGGCAUCGGACGGAUAUGGCUCUCUGUUCUGUUCAUUUUCAGGAUCAUGGUGCUGGUUGUGGCCGCAGAAAGUGUCUGGGGCGAUGAAAAGACUGGCUUCACUUGCAACACUCAGCAGCCAGGUUGCAACAGUGUCUGUUAUGAUCAGUUUUUCCCCAUCUCCCACAUAAGGCUUUGGGCUCUCCAGCUGAUUCUGGUGGCCACUCCUGCUCUCCUGGUGGCCAUGCAUGUUGCCCAUAAGCAUCACGUGGAAAAGAAGAUUUUCCGGAUCAAGCAGCUAACGGGUGAAGCUGGGGAAAUGGACAUAGAGAAGGUGACCAAGCGGAAAAUGCAUAUCGUCGGCUCUCUCUGGUGGACCUACGUGAUCAGUAUUAUCUUCAGGGUGAUUUUCGAAGUUGCCUUCUUGUACAUCUUCUACAUGAUCUACCCGGGCUUCAGGAUGAUCCGACUGGUCAAGUGCGAUGCCUACCCUUGCCCCAACACAGUGGAUUGCUUCGUCUCCAGACCCACCGAAAAGACUAUCUUCACCAUCUUCAUGCUGGCGGUCUCUGGCGUCUGCGUGCUGCUGAAUAUAGCAGAGGUGGGCUACUUGAUCAUCAAGGCUUGUGUGAGACAGUGUCAGAAAAAAGAAACCAGAUCCAGUAAAAGUGCAUUUUACGGGCAUGCCUGAAGACUGCUUCACCGGCCAAGAUUUGAUUCUGCAGUUGAAACCCCAGGACCCGAGACGAUAGCUCAGCGUUUUUCCAUCUGGAACGUCGAAGCUCUUCAUCCCAAUGGUUCUGGGGACUGGAGUCACACUCAAUGCUCUUUCAGUGAGCCACUUCAGGUUUCUUGAUUGACAUUUUACCGUUUCCUUCAUCAAAUUCUCGGGCUUUCUCGGACUGAUGCCCGAGACCACGUAGACAGACGUUCAAGUUUUCCUGGUCAGAACUCCAAUGUCUUUUUUUUUGGUUAAAUCGCCAUGAAGGGCUUUCACAUCAAUGCUCGACCUUUAGUUGUUCGACAUUCCAGGAUUUGCGGCCUGAUGUCCAAGAUUUUUCACCUUAAGUACAUUUCGUCAUCACAGCUUCCCAUUUCAUGCAUUCCUCUGGAUCCCCAGAUUAAUAUCCAUGAUUUCACCUCUGGAACAUUCCAGUCCUCUCCUCCCUUACUGACCUGCUCCAACAGAUAUCCAUUCGCGUUCACACUAUGGUGACAUGUUUAGUUAACAUUGCAUCAAAUUUCAAAAAUUUGAAUGAGAUUAUGCCCUUUUCAACAGACCCUUGUUCUUAAAGGAAACGGACCUGAAUUUUAAGGGUAAGCUUCUUCUGGCCAAAGUUUGGUUCGGUUGAGAUUUUGGGUUCAGUUCGGAGCUCAAGACUGUUAAAAACAAAACCCUCGGGGUUCGCGUCCACCCUUGGUCCAAUAAGAGAGUAUGAAUUUUAAAACUGAAUUGCAACUUCGCCAAAUCCAUGAUUUCAAAUACGUUUAAAUCAUGCCUAAUCAAUAAGUUAGUUGACCAGUUAUUUAUGUUGGUUUUUUAAUAGAUUAUAUUAAUAUUUCAAAUGUAAAACUUACAUCUGUACUGAUAGAUCGUUUGUCUUGACUUCUGUAAUAUGACUUGAAUUUGCUGCUAUUGAAUGAUUGAGUGAUGCCACGCAUUGAAAAUACAACUAGGUCAAAUGUAAUCAUAGAAUAGAAUCGGGGUCCCUACAGUGUGGACGCCAUUCGGCCCAUCGAGUCCACACCGAUCCUGGCAAGCGUAUCUCACCCAGACCAUCCCCCUACCCUACUCCCAUAACCCUGCAUUUCCCAUAGCUCACCCACCCAUUCUGCACGUCCCUGGAAAUGAGGAGCUAUUCUACCUAGCUGUAAUCGCUGUGUGAUUUAAAAACGAGAUAGCAAGAUCCUGCUAAGAUCUUUGACAGCGAAUGCUUCGACUUUCCCUACUCUGUUCCUUCAUCCGGUGUAAUAUCGUCAAGACAACGUUCUUUCAAUGUCCUUCGAGGAGACGCGUGAAUAGUUAAACCACUGAAACCCCACACUGUGAGCGUCUGUCUUAGCAAACUAUAUGGAUAGAAUUCAAACCACAAUGCAGAGUUGAGGUGGAGCAGAUCUCUGAUUCACUCCCCGUGGUCAAUUUUAUUGGGUUUCAUUUCUUAGAUCAGCUAUUAUUUUGCCUUUUUUUUGAUUUUCUAAAUUCCCGAAUUUCCAUUCACCAGACCACCCUCCCGUUAACCGGCCAGUCGAGCAUAUUAGAACACGGCAGGCAGCUACUGAUCACUUAAUGUCGCUGUUCAGGGGUCUUUUGAUCUUGCGAUGUGCCAUCGGAGAGUUUUUAUUUCCUGAGCCACCGCUCCCACCCCCUCCCCCCACCACACCCCUGUACAAAUCGGGCUCUCACGAAGAAAGAGCGUCCCAUUGAGUAUCAUCGUCUGGACUCCGCCUGAAUAGAUAUUUUUGCGCAGUUACCCUGCAAUCCUCUAGUAUUGCUCUCGCAGCUGCUGUAUACCAUACUUACAGUUGAAUGCAUGAUGUACAGACAAAAAAAACUGGAAAAUAACAGUGUGGGUUUGCAAUUGUGCCAGGUGCCUGGACACCUUGUGGCUACAAAUUAACAAGUUGGGCAUGCGUUACAAAGAUAGAUACUGCAAUGUCUAGACAAAGUAGCACUGAGGGACUUGUCAGAGGGUGCGGCAGGAUUAGUUUUCAUAUCAGUUUGAGCGGAAGAGACGUAGACUAUAUGGAAGGCAAUGUGUCACCCAGACACAGGCAUAUUUGGUAAGCAACACACAAAUGAUUCAAAUUGAACAUGAAACAUUGUGAAAAUGUCGUGUGGAUGGAAGAACGGGGAAAAAGAUGAAUUUCACUCGAAAAUGAGGACAGUAAUCUAAAAUCGAUUUGACCUUUGGAAGCGGGGACGCCUUAUACAGAAGCUUCUGUCAGCAAAUUCAAUCCAUUAGAUACAAGUUUACGCUAUGGUCAACGCAAAGAGAGGGUUUCGUGCGAUCAAGUUGCCUCGUUUCCCGCUCUUUAAUGUUUGAGAAUAAGCUUUCUGUACGUGCUUAUUAUUUCGGACACCAAUCUUACACGGAUUGUUGUGCAAACAUAGACCUAGAGAUGCACGCAGGCUCUCAUACACGGACACUUCUGUCCGAGCUUUCUCGCUCCUUCAAACAAUGUCAUGUGGAGGAUAGCAGCUCCCAGACAGACACGUCUGAAUACUGAACCACAAACAGUAUGUGCCGCUCGAAGGCACACGCCUGUGCUAAAACACAUCUUUAUGUCCUCCAAUCAAUGUACAAACAGUCCAAUCAGUAUUACAAUGGAACUAAAGGUCCAAACAUUGUUUUUGGCUGAUCAGAUUAUUCCAGAUUUACCAUGUUGUCUGAGCACUUCAAGGA